CCAAGUAGAUACCUCAGAGACCCAAAUGCUCUACGAUGCUGAAUUGCCCUUAACAGAAAGUUGUCUACGAGUCAAUCCGAAGUCUUAUAGCGCUUGGCACCAUCGAUGUUGGGUGCUCAGUAAUGCUCCAAAUGUUAAUUGGGAAAAAGAAUUGCAAAUUUGUACCAAAUAUUUAAAAAUGGAUGAAAGAAAUUUCCACUGUUGGGAUUACAGACGUUUUGUAGUCUACAAAGCCCACACGACCGCCAAAGAUGAAUUGGGCUUCUCUACCAAAAAAAUCCAUGAAAACUUUUCCAAUUAUUCAGCAUGGCAUUAUAGAAGCAAACUUUUACCCUUAUUAUAUGCAGACAGAAGUGAAAAUAGGUUAUGCGAUAGCAAAUUACAAGAAGAAUUAGAAUUGGUGUUAAAUGCUGCUUUUACCGACCCUAACGACUCCAGUGCCUGGUUUUACCAACGAUGGCUCCUUGGUAAACAAGAAGUGUCUUUAGAAAUUGUUUCAGCAGUUUUGUACCAAAAUACUUUACAUGUGGCUUUGUCGAAACACGCUAAUUGUACGACGAGUGGGGAAUAUAUUAUAAGACUUGUUGGAAAUGAAGCAGAUGAUGUUGAAUGCGGAUGGAACCCGAUGUUGAGCUCUGAUCGACUUUUGCAAACACUUUGGCAAGGAAUUUUUGCCAAGGAUAUUGUUUUGAGUAAAGGACUUUCAGUAGAGUUAGUACAUGCUUCGACUUACGACAUAGUUUCAAAAUUGGAUUUGGACGUUGUAGAUUUAUUACGAGGAAAAUGCAUUGGUUACAAAAAAGUGCGUUUUGGGGCCAAAUUUGGGGACAGGGUCAGGUCCGAAUUGGGGACACAGAUGGAAGCUUGUAAAAGUUUAUUGGAGAUGGAACCUGAUAGUAAAUGGACUCUAUUAACCCUAGCCCUUAUCAUGAGAGCCCUCGACUGCAAAAAGCACCAUGAAGAAUCUCUUCAACUUUUAGAAAAAUUGCAAACAGUUGAUCAAAUGCGAAAGGGUUACUACAAAGACCUAAGAAAUCGUUGGGUCAUCGAACAUUCCAUAGAAAAUUGGUUGGACAAUUACCAUCCAGGAGACGAUGAAAGAAAUAUCCUGAAUUUAAGGAACAAGAACCUGACUGCCAUUUACCAUAAACAGUAUUUUCUAAUUGCUAAUUGUGUUGACCUAAGAGGAAAUAAUUUGUGCCCUAAAUUUAUCGAAAAGUUGCAAAGUAUGUUCAAAGUUAUUUUCAUGGAUAGAGAUGAUAGUUUUGUUUCCGAAGAGGAGGAUUAUGGUUUGGUCAACUCGAUGACCAAAGUUGAUGUUGUUCCUGAUAGUAGUUGUGAUAAUGUAUUUGGGUAAUAAUAUAUUGAGUAAAAAUUUCAUUUCGUUUUUUUAGGCUAUUUGAAAGA